AUUUUGCUAUUUAAUGGAUAUUGACCCAAGUGAUAAGCUAUAUUUUUGCCCAGGGAACGCUAACCAUAAUUUAAGAGAUCUCUCUUCCCUUUAUAAGCAUGUUGCGAAAUGUAAAGAACUGAAAAAGUGGAUGAAAGACAAAGAAGAGGAACGAAAGGAAAAAGAUAGAAUGGAGGAAGAAAGGAAUCAAAGAAAUCCUGAUGAAUCUGAAGGUUGGAGACUUAACAGAGAACAAGAGCCAAAAAUUUCCUCUAGAAGAUGCUUUGACCCGAAAGAUCCUUCUACUUUGAGUCAGUUUUACUUCUGGAGAGAUGAAUUAGAAUUCAUCAAGCAAGGCGAUACAGGACAAACAGCACUAAAAAAAUCACAUGAAAACGAUGUUUGAAAGGCUCUUUUGACCACCCCCAAGCACACCCCAAAACCCCUAGUACAUCCCACUCGCAGAUCCCACCCCUCAAAUCCUAAUCCUAAGCCUCCUACUCCUAAGCCUGAAAUCACUGAACGGUUUAUUCUGACCACUACUUCUCCAACUUUCCACAGGACUCUUAGGAAGAUCUUUAGAAAAAUCCAUGACGAUAUUGAAAUCACGAUAGGCUGGUUUGAAUUUAAUAGGGAAUAUCCGAAUGAGGGAAUUUUUGAAGUUAAUCAUUGGAUUGUAAAAUUUGAGUGACUGGAGAUAAUACAUCCACUUUUGUUUCCAAGGACAUGCAAAUUUGCAAAUUUAAAGAUGAAUUACUUUGAGAGACAAAAGUCAUUCUUGCGCAGAUUGAGUGAAUACCAAGUAGGGAUUGCUAAAUACCCAAAAAUUGAUCCGGAUAAUAUGAAGGAUUUCAGUCUCAUUUGUCAUGUUAUUGAAAAGGAAGAAAAAGGAGGUCUCACAAUUUUUAUGAUCGGACUUGACCCACAUAAAACUGAAGGUGGUGUAUACAAAAUAGAUUUAAUGCUUGGAUGUGGAAACCCUAACUGCAUCUUCUUUUCAAAAGAUUCCUGGGAGGAACCAUACCAGAAACUAUUGGAUGAUUGAGAGAAACUCAAUAGAGAUAUUUUAGAGAAUUAUGGCGUGCUAUACAACUGUGUCUGAGAGUUCUUCUUCAUGACCAGCUUCAGGUUGAGACAAUGCUGCAACUAUUAUCAAAUGAAAUCUUUCCAAGAGAAGUACAUUGCUAAAGAUAUUGCUAAAUACCUGGAAAGAAUAAACAACGGAACCUAUCUCCCAUUUUUAAUAGAAGAGGCUGCAUCACUCAAGGAAAAGAUCGAACAAGUCGAAUCAAUUACUGGAACCUCCAUUGAAGACUUCUUUCUACAAGAAUCAGGCAAGCUUCAGUCCUUAAUCGUACUUAGAAGCUAAAA